CCGGGCUACGGCCGGCCCCUCCCUGCGGUGGGCUGGCCUAGGCGGGUCAGCACCAAGUGGAAGCCUCUUUGGGAGCGCCAGUCGCCUGCCUUUCUCGUCUCAGCUGCAGUUAAGCCGCCCGAGUCGCCGCCAUGGCCCAAGCAGACAUCGCCUUGAUUGGACUGGCCGUCAUGGGCCAGAACCUCAUCCUCAACAUGAACGACCACGGCUUCGUGGUCUGUGCAUUUAAUCGAACGGUGUCCAAAGUGGAUGACUUCUUGGCAAAUGAAGCCAAGGGCUCUAAAGUCAUUGGGGCCCACUCUUUGGAAGAAAUGGUCUCUAAGCUGAAGAAACCCCGGAAGAUCAUCCUGCUUGUCAAGGCUGGGAGCGCUGUGGAUGACUUCAUCAACAAGUUGGUGCCACUGCUGAGUGCCGGAGACAUCAUUAUUGAUGGAGGGAAUUCUGAGUAUAGAGAUAGCACAAGGCGUUGCAAGGAGCUCAAGGAGAAGGGCAUCUUGUUUGUUGGGAGCGGGGUUAGCGGGGGCGAAGAGGGCGCCAGGUACGGCCCUUCACUCAUGCCAGGGGGAGCCAAAGAGGCAUGGCCUCACAUCAAACCAAUAUUUCAGAGCAUCGCUGCCAAAGUAGGAACUGGGGAACCCUGUUGCGACUGGGUGGGAGACGAGGGCUCUGGGCACUUUGUAAAGAUGGUGCACAAUGGGAUUGAGUAUGGAGACAUGCAGCUGAUCUGCGAAGCCUACCACCUCAUGAAGGAUGUGCUAGGCAUGGACCACGACGAGAUGGCCGCGGUGUUUGAGCAGUGGAAUAAGACUGAACUGGACUCCUUCUUGAUCGAAAUCACAGCAAACAUAUUGAAGUAUCGUGAUGCUGAUGGGAAGCAUUUGCUCCCAAAGAUCCGGGACAGUGCUGGGCAAAAGGGAACAGGAAAGUGGACGGCUAUCUCAGCUUUAGAGUACGGGGUUCCUGUCACUCUAAUUGGGGAGGCUGUCUUUGCUCGGUGCCUGUCUUCCCUCAAGGACGAAAGAGUGAAAGCUAGCAAGCUGCUGAGUGGACCCAACGCAGCUAAGUUUAGCGGGAAUAAGGCGGCGUUUCUGGAGGACAUCCGCAAAGCCCUGUAUGCUUCAAAGAUUAUUUCCUACACACAAGGCUUCAUGUUGCUGAGGCAAGCGGCAAAAGAGUUUGGCUGGACGCUGAAUUAUGGUGCCAUCGCCCUGAUGUGGCGGGGAGGAUGCAUCAUCCGAAGUGUGUUCCUGGGGAAAAUCAAAGAAGCUUUUGAUCGAAGCCCUGAUCUCCAGAACCUACUGUUGGACAACUUUUUCAAGACGGCGGUAGAGAAUUGCCAGGACUCAUGGCGACGUGCCAUCAGCACUGGUGUCCACAUUGGCAUCCCAAUGCCGUGCUUCACCACUGCACUUUCUUUCUAUGAUGGGUACAGGCAUGACACUCUGCCAGCCAACCUGAUUCAGGCUCAACGAGAUUAUUUUGGUGCCCACACCUACGAACUGUUGUCAAAACCAGGCGAAUUUAUCCACACCAACUGGACAGGACAUGGAGGCUCUGUUUCCUCUUCAUCAUACAAUGCCUAGAAGGAAGCCUGAACUUGAAAGUGGAAAAUACUGUAGAGAUAAAACAUUCCCUCUUCUUGCUGGUUAUUCUCUGUAUCUUCAGCACUUUCUCUAGUUGUCACGUUUGGGGCAUUUUAUUUUAUUUUUGUAAAGAAGUUGUGAUCAUGUCUUAUAAGAGAGCUAAAAUAAAC